CCCACUGUUUCUCUCUCCACCUCUCUCUAAAAUGUGGGAGGUGUUCUUCUCCUUGCUGCUGCUUUUGCAGUGCCAGGGCGGUAAGGUUACCGCCCAGCGGCCCCGGCCCUCGCCCUGGCAAACCUUGAAGGGUGAUGCUCCUGUCGUAGUGGCUAAGGGUGGCUUCUCGGGAUUAUUUCCUGAUUCCAGUUUAACUGCUUAUACUUUCGCACUUGUAGCUAGUUCUCCUGAUACAAUUUUAUGGUGUGAUGUGCAAUUGACAAAGGAUGGUAUAGGAGUUUGUCUACCUAAUGUGAAACUAGACAAUUGUACAGACAUCUCUGGCAUUUAUCCCCAGAGAAACAAGGUUUAUCUUGUCAACGGCGUGUCGACACCUGGAUGGUUCUCUGUGGACUUUAACUCAACUGAACUAGCACCAGUUUCUUUGAUACAAGGAAUUUAUUCUCGAACUGAUAAAUUUGAUCAGAGCUUGUUUCCCAUCCUUGGUGUUGAAGAUGUGGUAACACAGCUUACGCCACCCGCACCUAUUCUUUGGUUGAAUAUACAGCAUGAUAUAUUCUACAGUCAACAUAACUUAAGCAUGAGAAACUUCGUGCUUUCUGUAUCAAAGCGUGUAGUUGUGAGCUAUCUCUCAUCACCUGAAGUGGCUUUCCUUAGUGGUAUAUCACCGAGAUUCAAAAAGAGCAAUACAAAGCUUGUGUUUCGCUUCCUUGACGAAGAUGUUAUAGAACCAUCUACCAACCAAACAUAUGGCUCAUUGCUUAAAAAUCUUACCUUCAUCGAGACCUUUGCCUCAGGAAUUCUUGUUCCCAAGCAUUACAUUUGGCCUGUGACAUCUGACAAUUACUUACAACCCUACACCUCCAUUGUCAUGGAUGCACACAAAGCUGGGCUGGAGAUUUUCGCAGGAGACUUUGCAAAUGAUGCGGUUUUGAGCUACAAUUAUAGCUACAGCCCAUUAGCUGAACAGCUUUCCUUCAUUGAUAAUGGUGCUUUCUCUGUUGAUGGUGUGGUCACAGACUUCCCAAUUACUCCAUCUGAAGCCAUAGGUUGCUUUUCUCAUAUAAACAAAAGUACAACUGAUCAUGGAAAGCCUAUAAUUGUUUCGCACUAUGGAGCUAGUGGAGAUUACCCAGACUGUACUAAUCUGGCUUAUGAGAAAGCAGUUGAAGAUGGUGCAGAUAUUAUUGAUUGCCCUGUUCAAGUGACUAGUGAUAGAGUUCCCAUAUGCAUGAGCUCUAUAAAUCUUAUGGAUGAUACUACUGUUUUGAACUCACCCUUCAGCUCUCCUAGUUCUCAGAUCCUAGAUAUUCAAAGUUCUCCUGGAAUUUUUACCUUCAAUCUCACAUGGGAUGAGAUUAAGCAGAACUUGAAGCCUCAAAUAUCAAGCCCAGAGAGCAGUUACAUGUUGGUGCGAAACCCACGCUACAAGAAUGCGGGAAGUUUUAUGACCUUGUCGGACUUUUUGAAAUUUGCAAAAGACAAAGCUCUUUCUGGAGUAUUGAUCAGUAUAGAGCAUGCGGCAUUUAUGGCGGAGAAAUUAGGAUUUGAUGUGACAAAUACUGUCAUCACCGCCCUGAAGGAUAAUGGCUUCAAUAACCAAACUACCCUCGGAGUAACAAUUCAGUCCACCAAUAGCUCCGUGCUUGUAAAAUUCAAGCAGCAGACAAAGUACAAUCUCAUGUACAAGGUUGAUGAGUCAAUUCGGGAUGCUGUAUCUUCCUCAAUUGUGGACAUUAAAAAGUUUGCUGAUUCUGUAGCAGUAGACAAGGAAUCUAUUUACCCUACAAGCAUGAAAUUCAUUACUGGUCAAACUCAACUCGUUAGUACCUUGCAGAAAGGUGGGCUUGCAGUUUAUGUGUAUAUUCUGCGAAAUGAAUUUGUAUCCCAAGCAUGGGACUUUUUCUCAGACCCUAUUGUGGAGAUCAAUUCGUUUGUUGAGGAAGCUGGGGUGGAUGGUGUCAUUACAGAUUUUCCAGGGACUGCAAGAGCUUACAAAAGUAAUUCGUGUACAAAAUUGGGUGAUGAUGCUCCAGGGUAUAUGCAGCCUGUUCAAGUUGGAGGUCUAUUGCAACUGCUUGCGAAAAAAGCGCAGCCCCCAGCCGAAGCCCCAUUCCCCAUUCUGAAUCCAUCUGAUGUAGUUGAACCACCUCUUCCGCCUGCCAUCAACUCAUCAACCCCCACAUCACCAGGUGGAGGUGGAAAUGCAUCAGCCCCACCUACCCCACCUUCUAAAGCGUCGAUAUGCACCAUUUCAUCAGCGUUUUCUACUACCCUUUUGGCACUUUUCGGGUUUCUUCUGUUCUUCUGAGGAUCGAGCUACGACAACAUACUAAUGUUCAUUGUCGAUUCUUUGUGUAUAUCUUGGUUUCACAUUUAUGAUGAUUGAUCAUCCUUUUACUGUCUGCUUUGGAGAGCAUGAGCUCUUGCUUUCUGUAGUAAUUGGUUUUUUGUUGUGUACUGCUGUGCCUUGUGAUUAAUGUUACCUCCCAUUGUUCAGCACAUUGGCUGAAGCUAACGAUGUGAAUGUAAACAGUUGAGAUACAGUAAUCACUCUGGAAUCUGUCUGAGU